AUGGCAUCCUUUUUCGCUGGGCCGUCGAUUUCGCCAAAUUAUUCUUUAAAUGCAAGAGUUGGGCACAUUCGUAAUCCACUACUUUACUUCUAUGCUUGUGUUGCAAGCUUUCUUUUAACUUCUGUUUUUCAGAUUCAUGGAAUGUUAUUUUGCAGACAACCUCGUUACGACACCAACUGCGUUGUUUAUAGAAUGAGAAGAAACUUCAAAAACCUCAAAGUUUACGUUUUUUCUAAGGUUGAAGAACCAAAGGAGGUUUGGGGAGGAUGUGCUAAAAACAAACAUAUGAGAGACAAAUUUCUAAAAGACGUAAAUAGGUUGAAAUUCCAGUGUCUCGCUCAUCUUUGUGGUCUUGAAGCAAUGGCAAGUACGAUGAAGCUCAGGCGAAUGUCACAAGUUCUGCUCAUCUCAUACAACAAAUUCCCGAGAUUGAUGCUUAACACCCUCUCCGAGACCAAAAUCAACUGAGUGUUUGGUAUUAAUUGGCAAGCAUGUGAUUGGUAGUAAUUGUCUAGCAUGUGAUGAAGAGGAAGACAAGUAGGAAUUGAUAACUUAUCAUUCACGUAAUCUUCAAUGGCGGGGUGCUUUCUACAUCGUCAGAUUAUGGCAUCCUCUUUCUCUGGGCCGUCGAUUUCGCCAAAUUAUUCUUUAAAUGCAAGAGUUAGGGCACAUUCCAAAUGCACUACUUUACUUCAAUGCUUGUGUUGUAAGCUUUCUUUUAACUUUUGUUUUUCAGUUUAGGGUUAUUUUGCAGACAACCUCGUUACGACAAUCAAUGGAAUGUUAUUCUGCAGAAACUUCAAAUACCUCAAAGGUCUGUGUAAUUCUGUUUAUAGCUUUUUACUGCAUUCACUGACAAAUUUUAUUGCAGCAGUAUGAAAUUUUUGACAUAGCUAUGGGCAAUUUAUUUUAUUGAACUAAUACAUGUAUCGAUUCUAUUUUA